GGGUGUAGAAGAGGCUGCUACUAUCCUCUUGUAACUGGAACAGCACCGGCUCCUCGCUUGCCGUCAUGACCACUAGUCCCAGUGUCGCUACCAAGGUUGCUGUCAUCGGAAGCGGAAUCUCAGGUGCGGUAUGUGCAUCGGCGCUGGCCAAGAAUGGAAUUUCAGUCACCAUUUUCGAGUCUGUAGAGGUCCAGGUGGCCGAAUGUCUCAAAGAAGAGAAACGGCCGAAGAUGGGAGGGAGCUAUUAUUCGACCAUGGUGCUCCUUACUUCACUGUCACCAAUCCUGAGGUCGUGGGUCUUGUUCAGGACUGGGAAUCGAGAGGCUUUGUUGCACCCUGGAAUGAAAAGUUUGGAUCUUUUGAUUGCACUUCCAAGAAAUUUCUCGUUAGCAAUGAGGUCUCUCACUCUGUUUAAUCACUUUCCUAUUGUGCUUCCGAGACCACUUUAUCUGCACUUGUCUAUUUCUUCAACAUCAUACUUUAUCUGCAUUUGUAUUGUCUUUAUUAAAUGUGUUUCAUAUAAUUGUGUUCUCUGGCUCUCUAUGAUUGUUGUUGUUGGAUUUAUUUAAUUAAGACAAUAUUAACAUGUGAGCUAAACAUCGGAGUUGAUCUAGUCUUUGUUUUUUCUCACGUGAGUGCAUGUUUUAGCUAACUAAAUGUCAACAUGAUAGAAGAACACCACAUAACUGACAUAUCUCUUGCCCAGGGAAUCAUGUCUUCAGGAACUGUUUUUUUUU